AUGUAAACUUAUACGGUCACCAUAAAUGAUUAUCAAACUAUUGAUGAUAAAGUAUAUUAUUAGAUCAACAUUAAUUGUUCAGAAGGUCAUAGGAAGAUUUCUAAAAGAUAUUCAGACUUGAAAGCUUUAAAUGAAAAAAUUAUAGAAAAAAAUUCUAACUUUAAACUUCAUUUAAAUCUACCUUAAUUUCCAGGAAGAAAGAUUUUUGGAAGAACUAAAAACUCUGUUGCUGGAAUUAAGUAGAGAGUAAUUUAUCAAUUCUAUUUAGGGCAAAGAAUUGUAAAAAUAUUUAGAAGAAAUCAUAAACAUUAAAUAGUUACAAUCAUUUUAAUCAAUCAAAGAGUUACUACCUCAUCAAUAAUUAUAUUAAGAAUCCCUUUAGUUAACCAAUAGUGGAGAAUAUGAUAAAGAAGUCUGUUGGUUAUAAAUGGAUGAAUUAAAGAGAUCUUUUUUAGAGAGAUAAGAAAUUAAAACUCCUAAGAAUAUUAAAUCAAAAAGUAAAUCUACUUUGAACAAUGCUGGAUAUGUUUAAAGAUAUCAUUUUAGUAUAGAUGAUUAUGCAAUUCAGUAAGAUGUAGUUUUAUAUACAAUAACUUUAACUGAUACAAAAAAGACUACAAAUUAUUAAUUUACUUCAAGAUAUAGUGAUUUAAGAAAAUAUCACAAAGAGCUAAAAAAAGAAAAUUUAAAAAUUGAGUUACCAGUUUAUCCAAAGAGAAAGAUAAUAUCUCAAACAAAUGAGAAUCCUUUAUUUAUUCAAGAAAGGUUAGAACUCCUUUAGAAAUAUCUAAAUGAUAUAUUUUCAAUAAAAGAGUUAGUUUAAAGUGAGCCCUUACAAUAUUUGAUAACAAGAAUAAAAUUGGAAGGUAAGCCAAUUAGAAUAGGGCCAGUUUAAUAAAAACAAUAAGUUCUUUCAAGAUCAAUUUUAUAUGAGAGUCAAGAGAAUAUCCCUUAAAGAAAAAGCUCCUUUUGA